CGGUCGUCCAAAGCAUUGCUUACAAGUCUUGAAAUUUAUUCUGUUCAGGAUUUUCAAUGGAGAAUGCCGAAGCUAAAAAUCCAACUGGAAGAGCACUCUGCACUCAGCACACCCGAGGACUACAAUCCAGUGAUUCCACCGAACGAUAAAAGUGCGAAGGACCCCCUGGGAGACGUCUCGAGGAUUGAUUGCACGAGCCCUUCAAUGCAGGCCCCACCUGACGCGUGCACCAGCCCGGAGUCGAGCGUUAUGCCUGGCAACCCAUCUUCCCCGUCCGGAGGAAGUCACCCUCAAGAUUCCAACAAUAGCCGACUUGCAUCAGUAGAAGAGACCCAAGACACCUCGCCCUCGUCCAUCUUGGAUUCGCCCUCCGCUCUUCCCCCCAAAAUUGAAUGCGAGGAUGAAAAAGAUUAUGCAAGUUGGACUAACCAGCUGCACACAAGCAUUGAAAUUAAGAGUGAACCCACUCCCCAGACGGAUGAGUCAGAACUCAGGUUGGGACGAGGAGGAGAAGAACACGAUUUGGAGAAUGAUAUUCGUGAUAUUGUCCCGACGACAGCGCGAGUGAAAAGAGAGGACAUGAGCUCUCCACUUCCCGACCAUUCUCAUGAAAGUUGGAUUGACCUGUCGGAUACGAAUAUCGAAAUCAAGAGUGAACCCCCUACCCAAACAAACACGUCGGAAUCCGAGUUCGUCGAACAUAUUCGAACGCAAGCUAGUGAGAACCCAUUCACUUGCGGCGAGUGUUCGAGCCCUUUUUCUUCUGAAAGCGCUUUAAUUACACAUAUGCAAACGCACGAUGGCGAGAUACCAUUCAAUUACAGUCAUUGCUCCUCCUCAUCCAGUAUUGAAGAUAAUUUAAAGAAACACAUGCAAACGCAUACUGGUAAUGAGAAGCUACUUAGUUGCAAUCAUUGCUCCUCCUCUUUCAGUAGUAAAGACGAUUUAAAGAUGCACAUGCGAACGCACACUGGUGAGAAGCCAUUCAGUUGCAGUCAUUGCACGGCAUGCUUUUCUCACAAAAAGUCUUUAACGGCACAUGUUCGCACGCAUACUGGUGAGAAACCAUUCAGUUGCAUUCAUUGCUCCUCCUCUUUCAGUUAUAAAAACAAUUUAAAGAUGCACAUGCGAACGCACACUAGUGAGAAACCAUUCAGUUGCAGUCAUUGCACAGCAUUCUUUUCCCACAAAAAGUCUUUAACGGAACAUGUUCGCACGCAUACUGGUGAGAAACCAUUCAGGUGCAAUCAUUGCUCCUCUUCUUUCAGUAGUAAAGACUAUAUAAAGGUGCACAUGCGAACGCACACUGGUGAGAAACCAUUCGGUUGCAGUCAUUGCUCCUCCUCUUUCCGUAUGAAAAUUCAUUUAAAGAUGCACAUGCGAACGCAUACUGGUGAGAAACCAUUCAGUUGCAGUCAUUGCACAGCAUGCUUUUCUCACAAAAAGUCUUUAACGGAACAUGUUCGCACGCAUACCGGUGAGACACCAUUCAGUUGCAAUCAUUGCUCCUCCUCUUUCAGUAUUAAAAACAAUUUAAAGAAGCACAUGCAAACGCACACUGGUGAGAAACCAUUCAGUUGCAGUCAUUGCACGGCAUGCUUUUCUCACAAAAAGUCUUUAACGGAACAUGUUCGCACGCAUCCUGCAUGCUUUUCUCACAAAAAGUCUUUAACGGAACAUGUUCGCACGCAUACCGUUGAGAAACCAUUCGUUUACAAUCAUUGCUCCUCCUCUUUCAGUAGUUAAGACAAUUUAAAGAUGCACAUGCGAACGCACACUGGUGAGAAACCAUUCAGUUGCAGUCAUUGCACGGCAUGCUUUUCUAACAAAAGGUCUUUAACGGCACAUGCUCUCACGCACACUGCUAAGAAACCAUUCAGUUGUAGUCAUUGCUCCUCUUCUUUCAGUAGGAAAGACACUUUAAAGAUGCACAUGCGAACGCACACUGGUGAGAAACCAUUCAGUUGCAGUCAUUGCACGGCAUGCUUUUCUCACAAAAAGUCUUUAACGGAACAUGUUCGAACGCAUACUGGUGAGAAACCAUUCAGUUGCAAUAAUUGCUCCUCCUCUUUCAGUAUUAAAAACAAUUUAAAGAUGCACAUGCGAACGCACACUCGUGAGAAACCAUUCAGUUGCAGUCAUUGCACGGCAUGCUUUUCUCACAAAAGGUGUUUUACGGCACAUGUUCGGAAGCAUACUGGUGAAAAACCAUUCAGUUGCAGUCAUUGCACGGCAUGCUUUGCUCAAAAGCAUACUUUAACGGAACAUGUUCGCACGCAUACUGGUUAGAAACCAUUCAGUUGCAGUCAUUGCUCCUCUUCUUUCAGUAAAAAAGGCAAUUUAAAGUCGCACAUGCGAACGCACACUGGUGAGAAACCAUUCAGUCGCAGUCAUUGCAUGGCAUGCUUUUCUCACAAAAAGUAUUUAACGGCACAUGUUCGCACGCAUACUGGUGAGAAACCAUUCAGUUGCAGCCAUUGCUCCUCUUCUUUCAGUAGAAAGACACUUUAAAGAUGCACAUGCGAACGCACACUGG